ACCACCGGUACGGUCGUUAAUCGAUUUCACACAGCGCAAAACAGCGCUCGAGUUUUAUUUGUUUCGUGCAGUCCGACGAGUUGUGUAGUGGAAUUUCUAGUGUGCUGUGGAAAACAACAUUUUUCAUCUUUGGGCGAAAAAAGACACCUGCUGACAAUAAGCUCUAACCGAGCAUCUGUUUUUGGUGUUGUUUGUGUGUGUGCAUUUUUGUGUGCUUGAGAGGAGAAUUAGCAGAUAAAUCCGUGAAGGUCAAACCCACCGACGGGGGUUGAUGCUUAAUCUACGCGUGAAGGAGAAAGUGCAUCCGACAAUGGUGCGUGGUAGUGGAUGUUACGAAAAUAGGCAGCUGAAAGCGCUGGCCAUCUGUACACUGCUGGCCGUAUCUACCCUGCUACCGACGACCGACGCGCUGAAGACGAAAAGUCGCAGCAAAAGUUCGUCCUCGUCGUCGGGACGCGUCUCGAAGCCGAGCACAUCGUCCUCGUCCAGUUACAGCAAUCCGGGCAGCCUGAGCUACAGUAACUAUCAGGCCAAACCAGCGCCGAAACCAUCGGCACCGGUUGAAUCGUCCAACACGCGAAACAUCGGGUGGAAUGUAAACAGCCAGGCAGCGAAACCCGCUGGUUCAAUGGCGCAGCCAGCAGCCGUUAAUAAGCCACCGUACCCGGUACAGUCGAGUGCUGCGAAGCCUCCGUAUCCGGUACAGUCCAGUGCGGCGAAGCCUCCGUAUCCGGUGCAAGCGACCCACAAUACGCACCAGACGAAUGCAGCUCCGGGAGCUCCUCCGCCACCGUACUCCCAUGGACCACCGCCACCGUACUCGGCCGCCAACAAUCCCAACAUGAACUCGCGCUUCAACGAAGCCCCGCCGAUGUACACUCCGGGCCAGCAGGGCUUCCGACCGGGACAGCCUGGAUUUGGUCAGCCUGGGUACGGGCAGCCAGCGGGUGGCUUUGGACAGCCAGCGGGAGGUUUCGGUCAGCCAGCGGGAGGUUUCGGACAGCCAGGUGGAUUCGGACAACCGGGAGGAUUCGGCCAGCCAGGAGGAUUUGGACAGCCAGGUGGAUUUGGACAACCGAUGGGUGGAUUCGGAGGUGGUGGCUAUCAUCCUCCAGCGGGUGGAUUCGCUGCUCCCCAUGGUACGUUCCAGGGUGGUGGUGUGGCACCUCCAGUAAACUACGCCCCAGCACCGUCCUUCCCCAUUGCGGCCAUCCCGGCCGGUGCGUAUAAACCACAGAGCUCGGGUAUUGGUGUCGGGGGAAUUGCGGCCGGAAUCGGUACGGGUUUGUUGGCCGGAGCGGCUGGAUCCGCACUGUACAACGCGCUGCGUCCUGAGGAUCGUGUUCGGUACACUGAGAGAAGUGGUGGUGUUACGAUCAUUAACAACGUGCCAGCUGCCCCUGCUGCUGCUGCUGCUGCUCCGGCUCCGGCUGCUGCCGAUGGAGCUGCUACAGCUGCGGCCGCUCCAGCUCCAGUCGCUGUAGCUCCAGGAGCUCCGGCACCAGGUGCUGCUGCGGUACCUCCGGUCGCUGCUCCAGGAUCGGAUGCUGCGGCUGCUGCUGCUGCCGUACCUCCAGCGUAUGUUGGUCCUGAUGGUCAAGCGUCCGUCCCGCUCGCCCCGCUGCCAGAAACUACCAACAACUCCACUACGCAGGUUCCACCACCAGCUGUACCUGAUACUCCAAUUAUUCUGAACGAAAACGCCACAAUGAACGGCACGGAAACGGAACAACAGCCACCAGCAGCAGCCAACGGAACCGAAACGAUAACCCCACUCGCCCAGGCUCCAGUUGAAGCAGCUCCGGUAGAAACGACCACCGUAAACCCGAACGCUAAGCAAUAUAUUCCACCACCCGGUCAGUAUUACCCCGCCACCGGACAGUACGUCCCUCCGGGUGAAUACGACCCCGCAACGGGAAUCUUCACCCCUGGACGAUACAUCCCCGACACGAGCAUCUUCCAGUCGGGUCAGUUCGAUCCACUGACGCAGAUGUUCACACCGGGCCGUUACGAAGCGAAUGGACAGUUUAUUCCCGAUCCGAAUCAUCCCCCACUAUCGCUGGCACCGAAUGGGGCCAUGCCUGCUGAGCAGGAAGUUCCUGCCCCGAAUGCUGCACCCGUUGCAUCCCAACCGGAACCAGUUACACCUGUCGUUGCCUCACAGUUGAUAAAAGCCAGCGACGCUAGCAUGAAGACAGUCUCGCUGCUAACAGCACUCGGAGCGUUCAUCGUGUCGGAAAGCUUCCGUCAGCUCGUACGCUUCUAGGCGAGAGGGGGACGAAUGCUUGGCGAAUUGUCAGCAACUUUCUUUCUGAACACUUCUUUCUUUACCUCUAGUCGCAGAGAUCGCAGGUCGGAAUCGGAAAAGAAACAGAACAAAUCACAAAACAUACAAACUAGAUAGUUGUUGAGAAGCCAAUUGGCCUGUUGAUUGAAUGCAUCAGAGCUAAAUUGUUUGAUAAGAGACGAGUAUUAGCAGCGGCGGGGUAUUUCUGUUACGCACGCGUAACAGAAGUACAGAACCGGUUUCACUCUUUACGAGACAAGAAAACGCUACUACUUCAUUAGGUAUUCGUUUGGCAAAAGGUUAAAGAUGCUUGUUUAGCUAUCGGAGAUCGAAGUACGAUCGGGAACCUUUCCAAAAUCACCUCAGGACAAGCUCAAUAGUCGCUUCUAAUAGAAUCUCUUACUUGAUUUACAAGACAUCCCGCUUGAGGGACAUCAGGUUUGUUUAAAAUACUCGAUCGUGUUCAGGAAUCUGACGAUCUUUACCUCUCUCGAACAGCAGGAUAGCUACAACAAGGAUAAUCAAUCCACCAAUAUUAACGCUCAUUAUAAGGGUUCAAUCUCAACUUUAAGAGUUCGCAUUUACAUGUCAUCUGGUAAGCUAGCUAGUUAUCCGUCAGGUUAUGUCCACCAAAUACCUCCGAUCCACUACAAAAACUGGUCUCUCUCUCUCUCUCUCUCUCUCUCUCUCUCUCUCUCUCUCUCUACUCUACCCUAAUCCACUAUCUCAUGCCCUUUAUACAGUGAUGGAAAUUCAAUGAUAUUGUUAACAUUAACGUAACUUGUACACUUUAUAUACUCGAAGAGCUGCUACUGCUGCUAAUGGAACCACCAUUAUGGGCCACCGUACACCGAGUGUGGCCUUCCUGCUAAAAAUGAAACAAUAUUUUCCUCGGAAACGCCGUGUCUUAGCGAACGUUAUACACCAUGGUAGGAAUGUAAGCAGAUUGUAUUUACAUCUAUUCGUAACAUUUGUUACACGAUUUUUUACCUUACAGUGUUUUUCACCCCCUUUCUCAACAAUCGCUCUCUCUUUCUCUCUCUCUUUGUGCCUCAUUCUACUAAAUCAGAAAGUCGCGGAACAAGCCUCUAUCUCUAUCGAACAGUGUUACAACCAGCUCCCUUAGGACUAGUGCUCGCGAGGCGUUGAUUUCGAAAUAAUGGAUUGCUGAAUUGAAUCACUUUAAAUUGCAUUACAAUUGCAUACGCUUCCCACUCCCCAUUUUCAUCCCUUCCAGAGUGCUUCAGCAUUCAGGGUAAGCUUGCUUGAACGCACGUCUGCGUUGAGUUUCUUGUACAAGUUUCUUGUAAAUUUACUAUAUAUUGGGCAAAUGUUUUUUUUUUUUUUUUGUAUGGGCAAAAGGACUGGAAAUGCUUCUAAAGCAUAAAGGGAAGGGAAUAUGUGAAAAAUAUUCGAAACGAAUAGCUAACUAUUUACUCACGGCGCAGCGCAACAUUUGUUGAUCUUGAGAAAAAUAUACAAUAAAAUUCAAAUUGGAUACCGAAA